UCAUCUGUGGCAUCUCCUUCAGUGUCAUGGAGAAGAAAACACGUUACGAUUCUUUUCUGGAUCGAAGUAAACGCAUCAUGUGGCAGGACGACUAUUAUAUGGAUCUCCAGUCCUCCAGUUCCUCUCAGGCUUCUCAGUUGGACACAGAAGACAGCAAUUGGAUCCAGCAGCAUCAGGAGCAGCUCUGUCGCUUCAUCACUUGCUGUUUCCUGGAGCAAAUUCUGAGCCACUUGAAGAGGGUGAAUGUGCUGAGUUCAUGUGAGGAGACCAGGAUACAGAGAGUGGGCCAGCUGCAUGAACAGGUUACCACACUGAUAGCCAUUAUCUCAGGGAAGGACUCUUCUGCCUGGAACAUGCUGCGCGACUUUGUGGAGAAGUCCCACUCACAGGAAGCCCAGCUCAUCAUCAGUUACGAUCUCCUGGUGCAGGAGCAUAAAGCAGUGCUACUGAGGAUCAGUGAGGAACACAGAGACAAAGUGAACCUGUUGUCCCAAUCCCUGCUGCUAGUGGAGGGGCUGUCUGACCUGCAGCAGAAAGAGCAUGACCUGAUGCAGGUGCAGGUCACAUGGGGAACUCAGGGGAGUCCUGUGAGAGAGCUGAAUCUCACAGCUCUCCUGGAGCCCCUGACCCGAGCCAGUGUGCCCCCUCGAGUUUCACUUACAGUCGGGGUGGCUGGAGUUGGAAAGACUACCUGGGUCAGACACUUGGUUAAACUGUGGAGCCAAGGAGCUGUUUGUCCUGACAUAAGCUUUGUACUGCCUCUUAGCUUCUGUGAGCUGAACUCCCUGGAGAAGUUGUCUGUUGAGAGGCUUCUGAAGCUCGCCUUUCCUCACCUGUCUGACCCCAGUCUGGUGCUGAGCAGCCACUGCAGGACUCUGCUCAUCCUGGAUGGCCUGGACCACUUCAGAGGCACAUUGAAUUUCUCGGAGGCUGCUCCCUGCAAUGACCCAAAGAAAGAGGUGUCUGUGGAAGAGCUAUUCACAAACAUCAUCAGGGGAAACCUGCUUCCUCAUGUGACAGUGUGGGUGACUUCCAGACCCGGAGCAGCCUCGCUAAUCCCAGGAGGAUUAAUUGACCGGAUAACUGAAAUCCCAGGUUUUAGUCAAAAGGAUAUUAAAUUAUUUUUAAACCAUUUCUUCUCUGAAAAUGACUAUAACAAUAUGAUCUGGGCCCACUUAGAAGCCCAUAAGGCUCUAAUGGCUCUGUGCUACAUACCAGCCAUUUCCUGGAUAGUGGCUGAUACUCUGAAGUUUAUCAUACAGAGCAGCUCUCAGUCACAUCUGCCUAAGACAUGUACAGAGCUGUUUGCACAUUUUUGCCUGAUGAAGGCAGAGGCAGGAGAACCACGAGGCCGAGAGCCUGUGAAGACUGAGCUUCUCCAUGGAACUAACCGUAAACUGUUAUGGAGUCUAGGGCGGCUGGCCUUUUAUGCUCUCCUCAGGCACAAGGACACAUUCACUGAGCAGGAAUUCCGGGCCUAUGGAAUAGACCAGGCUUUACUGCAGUGCAGUCUGGGGACGGGGGUCCUUACGCGGCAGGAGUCACUCAUCUCCGCUGUGUACUGCUUUACUCAUUUAAGCAUACAAGAAUUUUUUGCUGCUAUCUUCUACUAUGUUUCCUCCAAGCGGGCCAUCUUUGACCUGUUCUCUGAAAGCACCGUGUCCUGGCCAAAGAUUGGCUUUCAGAACCACUUCAAAAAUGCUUUCCAGUACUCCCAGCAGGCGGUUAGUGGCCACUUUGAUGUGUUUGUGCGCUUCCUUUCUGGUCUCCUCAACCCUCACGUGCACAAACCGCUUUGUGCUCUUGUGGCCCUCUGGAAGGACGAUGGUAGUCAGAAGUCCUGGGCAGCAGGGUUUCUACACAGUUUGCUGUCCAGCGGUGGGUCUGUGGUGUCCCUACGCUCAGUGAACCUGGUCUAUUGUCUCCAUGAACUGCAGCACCUGGAGCUGCUGCGGAGUGUGGAGGAGGACCUGCGCCUGGGCAGCCUGUCAAGGAAAAUGUCCCGGGCCCAGUGUGUAGUGCUGAGCUACCUGUUGCAGGUGUCUCCAGAGUGCAGCCAACAGACCAAUCUGACCAACUGUCUCAACUCUAACACUGUCCAGUGCCUGCUGCCUCAGCUCCUCUACUGCAGCCAUCUACAGUUAGAGAAUAAUCAAUUUAAAGAUGAUGUUAUGGAACUUCUGGGCAGCCUUCUGAGUGCUAAAGACUGUCACAUAAGGAAAAUUAGCUUAGCUGAUAACUCCAUCAGCAACAAAGGAGCCAAGUCCCUCAGUCGUGCUCUUAUGGUCAACCGUACUCUAACAUCUCUCAAUCUAAGAAGCAAUCACAUUGGCUCUAAAGGUGUGAAGUUGCUGGCUGAAGCACUGAAAAUGAACCAAGCCCUUGUGUCAGUUAACCUCCAGAAUAAUGGAAUAGAUGAAGAGGGGGCUCAGGCAGCUGCUGAAAUAUUGAAGUGCAAUCGCAAACUAGUCUCUCUAAAUCUACGCAAGAACUUGAUUGGAGCAGAUGGGGUUAAAAAGAUUGCUGAGGCACUGAAGACCAAUCAGACCCUCAAAAAACUAGUUCUUUGUAGUAAUCAGCUUGGUGAUAAAGGAACAGUAGCUCUGGCGGGGGCAUUGACAACUAACCACACACUGCUUAGUUUACAACUUCAGAGCAAUUCAAUAAGCAACAAAGGGAUGACAGCUUUAACUGAGGCACUGCGAGUGAACCAUGGCCUUGUGUCCUUAAAUUUAAGGGAGAACUCCAUCGGUGUGGAGGGUGCAAAGGCCAUGGCCCAGGCCCUGUAUAAGAACAGCACACUUCAGGAGCUUGAUCUCACUGCAAACCUGUUGCACGAUGAAGGAGUCCAAGCUAUAGCUGGUGCCAUUAAGUUCAAUCAGUCUCUCAUAUCUUUGAAUCUUCAGUGGAAUUUCGUAAAAUCUCCUGCAACCAAGGCCCUGGCUCAGGCUCUGCUCUGCAACACAACAAUGCAGCUUUUAGAUCUACAAGAAAAUGCUAUUGGAAAUGAAGGUAUUGUGUCUCUUGCUGAAGCCCUCAAAAGUAAUGCAAGUCUUCAAACGUUAUGUCUCCAGGGAGUGUCUGCAGGUACAUCAGGGGCUAUUGCACUGGCUGAGUCACUAACAACCAACAAGACGCUUCAAACACUGGAUUUACGUGGGAACACUGUUGGUAUAGAAGGAGCAAAGGCUUUAGCUAAUGCUUUGAAAAUCAAUAGGAGUCUCAAGUCUUUGAAUCUGCAGGAAAACUCUCUCGGCAUGGAUGGAGCCAUAUUUAUUGCAACAGCUUUGAAAGGAAACCACCAAUUGUCAUAUAUCAACCUGCAGGGGAAUGGCAUUGGAGAGUCUGGAGCGAAGGUUAUUUCAGAUGCGAUUAGGUCCAGUGCUCCAGGAUGUGUUGUCCACAUCUAGCAAAGGAAGAGUAAUUUCAGGCAAAGUGUGACGGAAAUAAGUGUAGAUACUUUUAGCUGCUGCCAUGUGAUGUCUCUUUAUCAGAAGAACAUUCGGAGGCAGUAUUUGGUUUGAUUUUAUUGACUAUGUUUCGAGAGGUAUAUGUUGACAUUGUACAAAGCCUAUUUAUAGACAUAGACACGAGUGAUGAGUGUUUAAUGUAAU